AGCUGUGAACUCUCUUUUUCACGAAUACUAAGUCGACUUAUCUUUAGCUUACUCUUUAACUUAAACAUGGAGAAGAGCGAGUCAACCAAGAUUGAGAUUGCAGAGACGAGCAAAGAAAGCAAAGGGAAAGCGCCACUUUUGGGGGCGGUACCACCAGUGGCGGCCGUGCAUGGAAGGGGACGGUACAAGAGGGGCAUUUCUAUAUUCGAUCUUAUACUGAGAAUAAGCGCUGUGUCUUCAGCUUUGGGUGCAACAGUCAUCAUGGGCACCGCUGAACAAACCCUUCCUUUCUUCACUCAGUUCUUCCAGUUCCAAGCCAGUUAUGAUGAUCUCCCAACUUUCACAUUCUUUGUCGUGGCAAUGGCAAUAGUUACAGGAUACCUUGUCCUCUCCAUACCCUUCUCAAUAGUGUGUAUCGCUCGCCCUCUUGCAGUCGGACCAAGGCUCCUCCUGAUUAUCCUUGACACUGUGUUUGUCACAUUGGCAACUGCUGCAGCUGGAUCAUCUGCUGCAAUAGUGUACUUGGCUCACAAUGGGAAUUCAAAUGCAAAUUGGCUGGCAAUAUGUCAGCAGUUCACUGAUUUCUGCCAAGCGAGUAGUUUGGCUGUGGUGGGGGCGUUCGUCACCGUCGUUCUCCUCAUUUUCGCCAUUUUUCUGUCUGCUUUCGCUCUUCGGAAACAUUAAGACUGUCGAACAAUUAAAUUAAUCACGAGUGUCGUGUAUGUACUGUUUGUUUGAUUUACUUUUCCUUCUAUUGUUUGUGUCUUCUUUUAUUCUGUUGCUUCGUGUCAAUUCUCUCUGCUUGAUGGAUCUCAAUUAGAGAAGGAAAAAUGGAAAGUGUAUACCGCAUUUAUAUAUGAAAGUAAACUCCCGUGUUGUCGUUUUUG